CCGUAGACUACGUUCAGCCCUGGGGGUUACAGGAAGUUGUAGCUGCCAUGUUUAGCUGCUUUGUUGUAGAUCCCCUCUAGGUUUCCUGCAGAUGUUAGCAUAUGUGUUGCAAUGGAAACGAGCUGGAGUACGUUUUUAUUCCAACAGGCCAGUGAGGCUCUGCAUCACCAGCACCAAGUAGCCGGGAACAGCCUCUUGCCAUUGCUCAGUUCUGGGACUGAACCGCCUGAUCAGAAACCAGUGCUGCCCAUUUCCCUGGACCAGAAACCCCCAGUCAGCGCUGCAGAGCUUCUUAAAGACAAUGUGGCUAGUGGGACUGGUGGAGGCGGUGGUGGGGUGCCUCCAGUUGCUGUCAAGAAGGAGCCAAAAUCAAAGACACCCUUCAUCUGUGGCUACUGCAAUAAAGCCUUCCGGGACAGCUACCACCUUCGGCGGCAUGAGUCCUGCCACACUGGGAUUAAGAUGGUGUCGCGGCCUAAGAAGACACAGUCUGCCCCCACGAUGGUGCCGCUCAUAUCCACUGUACCACGUGAGAAUAGUGGAAACCCUUCAUACAUUACUACUGUAGCUGGUAUCCUGACUACGGCCACCACGUCCACGUCCACCAGCAUUAUGACCCCAAUGCAGCACCAACACCAGCACCAACACCACCACCACCAGCAGCAGCAGCAGCAGAGUAUCCCUAAGAAACCCCCCAAACCAGUGAAGAAGAACCACGGGUGCGACAUGUGUGGGAAGGCCUUUAGAGACGUGUACCAUCUCAACCGCCACAAGCUGUCGCACUCUGACGAGAAGCCCUUCGAGUGUCCCAUCUGCCAUCAGAGGUUUAAGAGAAAGGAUCGCAUGACAUACCACGUCCGCUCCCACGACGGUGGAGUUCAUAAGCCUUACAUCUGCUCUGUCUGUGGGAAGGGCUUCUCUAGACCGGAUCACCUAAGCUGUCAUGUCAAGCAUGUCCAUUCCUCAGAGAGGCCAUUUAAGUGCCAAGUAACGGCUUGUACCUCUGCCUUUGCUACCAAAGACCGUCUACGAUCCCACAUGAUCAGGCACGAAGGCAAAGUGACCUGCAACAUCUGUGGCAAGAUGCUAAGCGCUGCCUACAUCACAAGUCACCUCAAGACGCACGGCCAGGCCAGUUUCAGCAAUCCAUGUAACAAUAAAGGCAUAAGUGACUGGCAGUGGAACCACUCAGGGCCACGAAAAGGUGAGUUGACGGUAGGAGAGAUUUUAAAUAACUCCUUCCAAGUCCUAAUUGACAACUCUCACAAAGAUGGCAAUAGUGUGCACAAUAACUCGGCCGCGACAACGCCGGUCUCCAACACGGCAGCAAUAACCUCAGCCUUGAACCGCAGCGGCAUCAGCAGCAAUCCCAUCACCAUCGCUGCUCAGAUGAACAUCGGCACCAGUACGGUCAACAUCACGUCACAGGUCAACCUGCAGCACCCGGUCACUAUCACCGGUCCGGUAAACCUGGUCAAUAUCCCGACAACGGCACACAUGAAUAUCGCCCACCCGGUGGCCAUCACUUCUCCCAUGUCCAUGAAUAUCACUGGGCCUCUCAACAUCGCCAUGAGGUCCAUGGAGAGCAUGCCUUUUCUAUCCCAAGUUCUACCUUCCUCCCCUCCGUGGUAGAGAUUCUUUUAGUCCAUGUAAGAGCCGAUAGUGUUUUAACUGCCUAAUAAUAAUAAUGAGGUCUUUUUAAAACUGUCAUUUGACAGUGUUAUUUGUAUGUUAAAAUUGAAACGCUAAUAACUAAUGUAAUCUAACUCCCUAGAUAGUAACCUAUGAUUGUUAUUUGCAGGAGUGAUUACUGCAAUUGUACAAUUUUAUUUUUGUUUGUAUUUAUAGAAGAAAAAAAUAUUUCAAAUAUCCGUAAUGAUCAUAGAAAAAAAUUGUUUUGAGUGCUUAGCCACUCAUCGGCGAGUAGUAGCCAACCUGUCUAUCAUAGGACGUGUUUUAAUUUACUUUAUUUUAGAUAUUUUAAUAUAGAAUAUUUCUAGAAAGGUUUUAUUGAUACCACACAGGACACACAGUUCUUGGCUAACCCUGAAAAUGUAUUACUGGGAAAAUCAAGGUACUUCAUCACAUUGAUGCAGAAAUUCUGUAAAUUAAAUUUGACUAUAAAGCAGUCCUGCUCAUAGAUAUGGGACAUUGCCCACACUUGCUUAAUAAACCAAAAUGGAGAGAUCCCUCAAUGUAAACAGUGAGGCAAUCUUUCUGACAAAUAUUCAGUUAUUUUCAUCUCCAAGUAUCCAUCAUAUCACUUGAACGUACUUCCUCACUGUAGUUUUUUGCGUUGGUCAAGUCCUUCUCAUUCCCAUUGGCUGGUUUUCUGAGGACCAUGUCCCUUUCAAGUAUAAACAGUUAACUGGUUGGACACAUUUCAGUGUGAUCCAAGUACGGAACUCCAGUUAGGAGAACGAUGGUCUCAACCAGCUGAAAAACACCAUGGAAUAUAGUUGGAAGCUCAGAAACAAAGCCAGCAAAUGGCCCUGUGGUCCAGAAUUAUCCGGCUCAGAUUAACGUAAUUUUGUGCAGAUAUUCGGUGUACAUAUUAUUUCAUGCCAAAGAUUUUCUAAAUAUCUUGUUUUCCCCUGCUAUAUUUUAACAGAUGAGGGGCAAACCUUUUAAAUGGCAUUCAGACCAUCACAGGACACAUUCUCCUUUCUGAAACCAGAGUUCAAUGAUCUUUUUUCAUCAGAAGCCAACAAUACCCAUUAUAUUAUCGCAAUAAUCAUUUUCCUAUUUGUAUUAUGGGAUGUGUAUACAAUGUCAAAUUGUUGUCAUUACUAGUGGUAAACAUGGGACAGAUUUAAUUACUCUCAAACCAAAAGAGUACGGUUUUCCAUUUGGGUGUAUAAUUAUUAGGCAGUUAUCACAAUACCAGCUGCUGCAUUGUCACCCAUGUUUUUGAUUCCCCCCCCCCCCUUCUUGAGGGAUAGUUAAGUUGAGCACUACUCCAGAAUGUUCUCCUCUCUCCUUAGCUGCUGAAAGACAGUCAGGCUCUUAAAAGUAGCCGAUUUUAAGAUUUCUUAUGUUGGACAUCUCACUAGAGCUUCAGGCAUUGCUAAAACAGCUCAUUGAUUUGUAUUGUCAGUUAUCCGAUGCUUCCUCUUUUUUUAGUGGACUUAUCAGUGUUUAAUAGUUUUAUGUAUUUUAAACUUUAAUAGCAAAACACAAAGCUGCAAUUCUGAGAGAGUGUUUAUUCUCUGCAUUAUUCCCCCACGUUUGUGUUGUAUAAUUGCUGAAAACCAGUCAUGCAACACUGCUGGAUGCUCUACACAAGUUUGUCUCUGUGUGUGUGUGUGUGUGUGUGUGUGUAUAUGUAUAUGUAUAUAUAUAUGUAUAUGUAUAUGUAUAUGUAUAUAUAUAUGUAUAUAUAUAAAAAAUCUCCAACCAUGACAGUUGAAGGUACAACUCAACAGAACAUUUCUAUCACUCAAGUCUGUCCCUUGCAAUUUGCUGUUAAAAUUGCAGUAUUAUCAAAGGUCAAAUAUUCAGAAAUUUAGAUAACUGAGGACGUCUUCUAAAUGUAGAGGUCAAGAGAACUGCCUGGUGGCUAGAAUCUGUACUAAAUGAGUCUCCAAGUGAACCUGUUGUAAGUUUAGUUAGAUUGUUUACUUUUGACAGGUAUAUGAUCCCCAUCACUGUCAGGCCAACUCAGGAAGGUUACUGAGAAUAGUCUUUUAAACCCAUUCACACACACUGAUCACUUCUCUGUAAAUAUGAAAAAACACUAUUUUACUGCCUUUAACUGUGGGAGAGGGAACAUCUUUACUUACCAUGGGCUAACAAUGGAAGAACAAUAUCACCAGUGAUGUGGCUGUCCAUCCAUCGAGAGAGGAACAAUAAGUCUGUGUUUAAUUCAUCCACACACCAUACCACUGUCAUCCAAAAACACACAAUGUAUUCAUACAAUUCGAUCUGUUGCUGAACCUUUUCACUGACAUGAACUUCUUCAGUGCAGGAACUCUGAAGCAGUAACCUGUAGGGUGUGAACACUACAGAAGAGCGGUACUUAGAGGGGCAUUUUGAUUUAAUGCAGAGGGCCAAUGAUUGGUGCGUGUUUUAACACUCCAUCUGGCCAACCCAGAUGUUUGGCCCCUUAGUUUCAUUGUACGCAUGCCAACAUGCAUGUAAUGGCAUUAUGACCUUGGAAUUUGAUUGGUUUCUCAUCUUCAGUCUUUUUUCCAAUGUUACAUGUGGAUGAUUGAGCUUGCCCCGUGUAGGUUUGAGUUCAAAAAACAUUAGAAGGUUAGUGACUUUUUUUUAAUGAAAACGAAACACUAAAGAAAUAUAGGAUGAAAGGAAGUGUGUGUGAUGUCAAUUGUCCUUCUCCAGUUCCCGUAAACAAGUGUGCCUGAAAUAUUUUUGCAAGCGUCUUCACACACGUUGACACCUUCUCUGCUAGAUGUGCCGUGUGAUGGAAUAGAUUGUAAGGGAAGCCUUCAUCAGUUGAGAGGGCCCAGCCAACCAAACAGUUUUUUAGGGGGGGGUCAAACUGAUGGGCGUGAAGUUAUUCUACUUCAGGAACAACCGUUUAUCUGAAUUUAGUUUUUUUUGGGUCAGGGUUGUAUAGAUCAGACAUUUAUGUUUUAAUUUGACUCCAACCAAAUGUGAAAAACAUUAUUUGGCCAAAUAAUGAUUUGGAAGUUUAUUUUUGUUUUAUGUGAAGUUUGCAUGAAGAAAUUGGCAGAUGUGAAGGCGAAUGAAUGUAUAUCUUUGUACAAACUAUGUAGUUCGGAGAACAUGUUAGUUAGGGCACAUGCAAGAAAAAAAAAAACUUUUUAUAAAUCUUUUUGUAUUAGAACAUUAACAAUGGUAAUUUUUGUAAUAUACGAUGGCUAGGCUUUCUGAUUAGCAGAAAGGUAAAACAUUCCAACAUUUUUUUUAAAUGUCCAUUGAGAAUAACUAAAGAUAUGCGCAAUGUUUUACGUGCCUUUUAUUUGGGUUUGUCUAAAUAAAAGAAAACAAUAAAACAUGAUUUUGGACUGUUCAUGCUGAGUCGGAGAGGAAGUCUCAUCUGAAUCUCUCGACCGAGUCCCCUGCACUCAAGAGACUGUGCUCCUUUCUGCUUUCAGUUGCUUUUUUCAGGCUUUCGUCACAGUGUUCUGGGAGGGUGAGAUUGUGGCUGAAGUCUUUUGUCUUUAUGGAUGAUUCUCAUCUUUACGGGCUCACUAGCUCACAGCGCCUGCUAAUGAUUAAGUGCCUCUGUGACUUUGCUUAUUGGAGUCAAUUGUGGGGGAUUUUGUGCCAAACCAUGGUCUGUAUGUGACAACGACAAACAUUUCGGAGUUUUUUUUUUCUUCCAUUCUUUAACUAUUAAACUUGGAAAAUGUGA